GAAGAUGACGAGGAGGAGUCUAGCCAGGACGAGAAUGACAGCAGUGGUGUCAGCAGCCUCUAUGACUUCACCAGCCGGGACGAGACCGCCAGCCGGGAUGAGACCGCCAGCCGAGAUGAGACUGUUAGCCGAGACGAGACUGCCAGCCGGGACGAGAGCUACAGCAGUGGUGUCAGCAGCUUCUAUGACUACACCAGCUGGGACCAGGAGUCUAGCAGUCUCUCCUCAGAUGGAUCGGAAUGUGCUUCAGGAAAGAAGAGGAGGAAGUGGUGGAAGAGGUUCUUCUGCUGCUGCAGCAGACAGGAGGCCUCUGACGACGAGUUUGACUAGAGAAUGUGGUUAGUAAGGCUGGUUUUACUUGUU